UUUAUAAGCCACUGGCUUUUCUCUGUUCCUGUUUAUGACCAGCAUCACAGGGCUUUCUUCGAAAUGAAGUUCCAGUGGGCAUCCGGUCUCCUUCUGGGGGCGGCUGCUGUGGACGCCUUCAAACCCGCGGAAUUCUCUUAUGAAUCCUCUGAAGCCGAAUGUGUGGAUAUUGCCAAGUCUCUGACUGGCGAGAUCAAGUAUCAAUCUCCUCCCGCCAAUUCGAAGCUCAUCCCCAAAUUCAAUCCUGAUAAUCCAGACGAAAACUGGGUCGUCAACUGCUCCAGCCAGUACCGUGGCUACUACUGUGAGAAUGCCAUCGAUGGACGGGAAGAUCAUUACUGGCUCAGCGACCCUGGUGAGGGAGAGACUUCUGAGAUCAUCGUCAAUCUCCGCAAGAAGUACCUGGUCUCCGGUCUGACCAUGUUGCCAAUAUUGGAUAAGAAUACCAAACGCAGCCAGAUCGGUGAACACGAAAUCUUUGUCUCGCAGGACAGCGAAACGUGGACCCGGGUUGCGUACGGAACCUGGGGAUCUAACAAGAGUCCCAAAAUGUCUGCGUUUAACCCCAAGCUGGCUCAGUAUGUUAAGCUUGUUUCCGAGAGCAAAUCCCGUUCCGAUCUGUCACAGGAGGAGGACGGACAGAUCGCGAUUGUCAACCUGGCCGUAUACACUUACAGCAAGGAGGAGACUUACCCCGAAGAGGAUCCCAGCAAGGGUGUUUGGGGCCCCACGCUUGAUCUCCCGAUCGUUGCUGCAUCUGGUGCGGUCGAACAACACGGAGACGUUAUCAUGUGGUCUGCCUGGGCGGACGACCAGUUCUUCGCCUCCCCCGGUGGUAAGACUCUGACCAGCACCAUGACCCGUGACGGCAGCAUUGAUCAGGGUGUGAUCUCCGAAACCAGGCACGACAUGUUCUGUCCCGGUACCUCCAUGGACAUCGAUGGUAACAUUGUUGUCAGUGGUGGUGCUGACUCCGGUCGCACCAGUGUGUACAAUGGCACCGCGUGGGUGAAAGGCCCGACCAUGGCAAUUCACCGGGGAUACCAGUCGUCGACCACCUUGUCCGACGGUCGCAUUUUCGUGAUCGGAGGAUCUUGGAGCGGUGGAGACAAGGUGGCCAAGAACGGCGAGAUCUACUUUCCCUAUCCUGAUGGGAAAGCCAAGUGGGAAACACGUCCGGGCUGCGAGGUGGAACCCAUGAUGACUGAUGACAAGAAGGGCCAAUGGCGCGCGGAUAAUCACGGCUGGCUCUUUGGUUGGAAGAAGGAGAGUGUCUUCCAAGCAGGUCCCAGUAAGGAGAUGCAUUGGUACGAUGUCGACGAUGUCAGUCGGGAUCGGUACGGUAAUCGACGAUAUAGGGGUUCCGUGCACAGUGCUGGACUCCGUGGCAAAGACCGUGAUGCCAUGUCUGGCAGUGCCAUCAUGUACGAUGCCACCAAGGGUAAGAUCCUCACCUUCGGUGGUCAGCGUCACUACGAUGGCUCUUACGCUUCCAAAAACGCCCAUAUCAUCACCAUUGGGGAGCCCUAUCAACGACCCAGCGUGAAGGUGGCGGGUAAAGGUGGCGACCGUACAGCGGAAGGGGGAAUGCACCACGCGCGUGUUUUCCAUACCUCUGCCGUCCUCCCUGAUGGCAAGAUCUUCAUUGCCGGUGGCCAGACCUGGGGCCAGCCAUUCCAUGAGGAACACAUUGUCUACACGCCUGAACUCUAUGACCCUGAGCAGGACACGUUUGUGGAGUUGAGCCGCAACAAUAUCAAGCGUGUCUACCACAGUAUUUCUCUGCUGCUGCCCGACGCUACCGUUCUCAACGGUGGCGGUGGUCUUUGUGGCAACUGUUCUGCCAAUCACUACGAUGCCGAGAUCUUCAGUCCCCCGUACCUGUUCGAAGCCGACGGCACCAGAGCUGUUCGUCCCAGGAUCACGAACAUGAUUAAUGGCAAUGUGCUCACCGUUGGCGGGUCGGUUACCUUCCAGGCUGACUCUAUCAUCAAGUCUGCGUCCUUAGUCCGCGUGGGAACUACGACUCACACUGUCAAUACCGAUCAGCGUCGUGUGCCUCUCGAUAUUGCCGACGCCGAUGGCACCCACCAGUACACCGCGAACCUUCCCAAUGAUGCUGGUGUCAUCCUUCCUGGGUGGUACAUGUUGUUCGCCAUGAAUGACAAGGGCACUCCCAGUGUGGCUCAGAUGGUCAAGGUUGAAUUGCCCUUCCGUCCUGACUGGAAGAUCAACGGGGACCCCAGGAAACAAGUGGAGGAACACGGAUCCGAGCAUCGCGGAGAUGCUCAUGAUUGCGACCAUGAAGAAGAGGUCAAAGGAAUAAUUUCGGGUAUGCUUGCUUCGUCGAGCAGAUUCUGGAAUACCUGGAAGCCUGCUCUGCUUAGCCAGGCUUGAUUGUCUAUAGGGUUACCGGUCAUGUAACUACUGUACAAUCUGUAGUGUAUCAAUGAAUGUACCAUUGUUGUUUUCCUUCUUUAAUGUGUACUAUGAUAAGC